AUGAACUUCUAUCAGUGGGGAACAUGGGGCAUGUCCACUAGUCUCCAACCCCCCACCGUCCGUGCCGCAUUACAGCAUUCAGAGCUCCUCGAAAAGUACAGCCAUAUUCCACCUGAGCAGCAGUCCCAGCAUGUUCAUAGAGUUCGUGACCUAGCAUGGGAUAUUCGUGCGUACCCUUGCACUGGAGUCGGCGCAUGGCUUGUACCCCAGCUGUGCAGAAACCCCGUUUACCCUGAUAUUCUGAAGCGGGUACAAGCUGGUGAGACCUUGAUGGAUGUGGGCUGUUUCGUUGGCCAUGAUUUGCGACGACUUGUCUACGAUGGAGCUCCCUCAGAUAAAUUGUAUGCAGUCGACAUCAUCAGCCACUGGGAUGUUGGAUACGAAAUGUUUCGUGAUCGAGGUCGAUUUGAAGCCCAUUUCAUUGAAGCGGAUAUCGUGUCUCAAUCAGGAAAACUUACACAAUUAAAAGGCCAGAUCGAUAUAAUAUCAAUCACGCAAGUGAUUCAUCAAUGGGACUGGGAUGGGCAGAUCAAUUGCUGCAAACAGCUUACUGGUUUUACCAAGGGACCGGGAUCAAUGAUUGUGGGCAACCAAAUUGGAAAUCCCAAGGCUCAGGAGGUUACUUUGAAGUCACUGGUUGUUCCCAUGUACCGACACAAUCCUGAGUCUUUUGCAAAGUUAUGGGAUCAAGUGGGCAGUGAGACAGGCACAAAAUGGGAAACCCAGGCAUGGAUCCGAACAUUCGAGGAGAUGUCGUUUGGUGCCCAAGAUGGGGCUUGGAUGGAGCCUGGUGUGUCACUUAUCGAAUUUGUCGCCCAACGCAUAGAGUGA